AAGUUGAUCACACCUAAGAAUUGUCAGAUGUCAUAGUGUGACAUCACAAAGUCAAAAGUAUGACCGAAAUUAACAUCACCAUAUACAUCUCAAAUGUCAUAAAGUGACACCACAACGACUAAAGUAGGACAGACUGAUGCAACUAAAGGAAAUAACCUAUCAGACAACCUAAGAUGAAAGUCAUGAUUUGGUUGAAACUAUCGCAGUCUCAAUACACGGAAGUAUAACAUGACUUUGUUCUUUCAAAUCUUAUCACUUAGACAUCCACAUCAUCAUUGUAGUUUUGCUCAGUAUGAAAUGUUUUGUUUCUUUUCUGCUAAUAAUAUCAUAUCCGUGUAUGUGUGCUAAUGCUGGUGUGGUGGAAUCAGAAUUGUGUGUAGACAACACUGCUAUAGUCGCUAGUGUAAACACAACAAAUCUUCCUACAAUGAGCACAGUUAUAUUUUCAGUUUACGAUAAGGAUAACUGUGAAGGUGCUACUAUACGCGGAGGCAACAUUUGUAUAGUAUUGAUAACAAAUCAAAGCUGUAGUUCAUCUAAUUCAAGAUGCAACUGUUCGGGUGGAUCAUCAGGGUAUCUACAAAUUCGUGUCUUGAACAACAUUAAACCGCAAAAUUAUUCAAUUAAAAUUGAAAACAAUGAAAGUAUUGCUGUUUGUAAAUUGAUUAGUGGUAUCCCUACAUGCUCAUCAGAAAAACCGAUGAGCAGUUUAAUACCAAUAGACCUAUACCUGCAGAUAGGUUCUGCGAGCACCGGAGGAGUUUUGUUAAUUGGGAUAAUUUUAAUCACUCUUUUAAUAAAACGGAAAGGAAGUAGCUGUAAUACAGUAAACACACCAGCGCCCCCUAGCGACAAGUCCACUACAGAGAGCAGCAACUCUUACAUUGAUGUAAUUGAUGUCCACGACAGCGCUGAAAACCCGUACGAAGAUAUAGUCGAUUCUUCAACAGAGACGAGUACAGAAGGAGUUAAUAGGGAGACGUAUAUUGAUGUAAUCGAUUACGAAGAAAUAACGAAUACCUACGAACAGGUGGAUACUUCUAUACAUGACAGUAAUGUUGAUCAAUGCUCGAUACACAUCUACGAUACUUCAUCAUUACAUGGAUUCAAUCAAGCAACAUCGGUUGUAUAG